AUGGUGUGCUUCCCCCGUGCCUACCUCGUUACUGCAGCCGCCCCCGUGGCGCUCCAGCUGCAGCAGACCACAGCGACGUCGCUGAAGUACGACCCUUACACCACGUGCACCUCGUACGAGAUCGGCAACAAGUGCUUCCCCGGCCGCGGCAGUGCGCUCAACGACGACGGCAACUGCGUCGUCACCGUGCCGGAAGACCCCCAUUCGCACCAGGCCGCCAAAACACCAGCCGUCCCCGUGAAGUACAAGGGUCUGAUGUCGAACGCAUCCGCAUCCCCGACCCAGCCCGUGUUCACUAAGGUGGGGAAGCGGAUCAUGUCGGAGAAUACGCCCCCCACCGGCAGCGACCCGGACGCCUGUUGGAACAAGGGCCAGCCGAGCGCUUCCGAGAAGUACGCGACGGCAUUUGGACUAGACGUCACCACGUUCAUGAACAACGUCUCAGCCGAGAAUGGGUCCCGCUACGACGGCUACGGUACUGAUUCCAUUGACGCGUUCGGCCGCCAUACAGACUACUCGUACCGCGACCUGAACCCUGGGUUCUUCCACAUCGCCACUGCCAAUCUCCUCGGCCUGUUGAACAGACCUUCGUCGUUGACCACCACGAAAGAGGCGGCCAACACCUUCUACGGACUCGAGUCGUACCCCUGGAACGAGAACGCCACGAGCAUCGUGUACGUUAAGUCGCGUCUGUCGUGGAUCGAGCAGUCGGAGAAGGAUGACGGACUGAUCGCCUCGGGUCUGAUCGCGAACUUCACGGGGGGAGCCUCCUACUACGACUACCUACUGGAGAUGGACGACAAUGAGGAGAUCAUCGGCGGUGAGUGGCUCUACGGAUCGAACGACGACCACCCGGACUUCUUGUGGUUAUUGACGGAGAAGCCGGAUGCUGACACUGUCACCGAGAUUGGGCUCAGCUACGCGAACGUGAAGUGCUGCUGGAGAAGGCUGUGGCGUGCGCUGGUGGGGAUUCGGCGUAGGUGGUACCGCAUAGUGAGAGCCAUGGGGAUGCACCCUCCUGAGGGGUGA